AUGGAAAACUCGGAAGAUAAGCACUGGGCAAGCCGCUACCUUCUUGAUCCCCUCAAUGGUCCAGAGCCCAGCGCAGAAACGGGCCCAGGAACGCACUACAAUUCCACAUUCGCCCCGCAAACCCAGGACCGCUCGUCUCGUAGCUCUCAUACCGAGCCUCAGAAGACACCUUCAUCCUCCGUCCGGUCAAGCGAACCGUCAUCCUCUCAAAGACUUCAAAAGACGCCUCCGUCCGUCUCUGUCCGCUCAACCAACCCAUCGUCCUCCCAGAAGCCCACCCCAUCCGUCUCCAAUCGCUCAAGCAACAAUCCCUACCGCAACGCCACUUCAACCGGCUAUCCAUCGCCGCCGCAAUCCGCUAGCCCACGGAGAGACCGCUUCUCCACUUCCACAUACCGCCAGGAAGCUUUCCCUGAUUUCGAUGGAUCUUACUCCCCCACGUCCAAACGUCAAAGCAUAGACCAAGCCUCGACGCAAAUCCCGACUUCGACAGGGGGCCAAAAUUCGACGACCACCGAUGGCCACCGCCGCCGCCGCGGCAGCUCCCUCAGUCAGCGCUUUCCCGGCGAUCAAAGCCAUCGCCCCCUCGACAUGAUCAAACAGGAUGCUAAAAUGGCAAACCGCCACCCGCAUCUUCGGAAGAAGCACAUAGUCGGGUCAGACACCAUCGAUCGUAUGGAUACUGUGGGCGGCUUUCACCACGACGGACCUUACGAAGCUACGCUACUGGCUCGAAACAUCUCCUCUGUGAAUAGCCCAGUCGAGGCCGUCAGCACAACGAACGAAGAAGCUUUAAGGGCGACUCCUCGGGAAAUGAUCAGAGACAGCGUUGAGAAGCAUCGCCCGCUGGACGGUGUGGCGAUGGUGCCUCCCGGGAAGGAAGACCGAUACGGCAAUGUAUACGAUUACGAAGAAGGCACAGACAUGAUGAUCGAAAACUCUCCCGAAGGCGGAGCCUACAAGCGGUGGCCUGGCGUGCAAUAUCUUCCCGAAGACCUCAAAGGCAAAGGCGAGCCCUCCUACUCGCUCGAAAAAGCCCUCAAGCAACACAAACUUCACUCCCGACACGUGUCCGACGGCAACAACGCCAUCGAAAUGACCACGCCCGCCACCCAACGGCGACCGAUGAGCGUCGAAGGCCAGUCGAGGCCCGUGAGUGAUGGGCAGAAGUACGCGGAUUGGGAGCAGGGAGUUCGUCGGAGCUCGAGCGGGGCCGGGAAAUUGAGGAGGAGGUUCGGGAGCUUGAGGCUGCGGAAGGACGAAAACUGA